AUGGCAGCGCAACGUGGCAGAAGAGUCUUCUGGCUGCUGCUGCUCGUUGCGUCUUGGAGAGGCUCCGACAUUGGAUUCUUGUUUCGUGGAGCAGUAACUUCCAGAGAUGCUCAUCGCAGAGACCUCGUGCUGCUGACGACUUCAGUCGCACAGGUGUUAAGACCAGGUACUGCUUGUGCAGAGGGCUUUGACCCAUUUGGAGAGCAGCAAAAAAAGAAGGCGCCGAAAGACCUGAAGAAUCCCCCGCCUGACGCGCAGGUCACAAAGAGUGGCCUCAAAUUCAAGAUUCUCAAGCCUGCUGACUGCGAGUCGACGAAAUGCUCGAAGCCGUACAUCUUUGACAAGGUCUCUGUUGACUUCACAGGAUAUGAGCUCGACGGACGGACCUUCGACUCGAGCCGGAAGCGCGGACGCAUGACCUUCCAAGUCAGCCAAGUCAUUCGCGGCUGGACCGAAGGUUUGCUGAACAUGAACGUAGGAGAGACUGCCAGGCUGUGGAUCCCCAGCAACCUUGCGUUUGGAAGUGCAGGCAAAGGUGGUCCAGCUGGAGACAUUGUAGUUGAUGUUACUCUGUAUGGGCUGAAGCGUGGGCAGCCUCCGCCACCAGUCCCCGAAGGGCUUGAUGCUCCGCCUUCGGAUGCGGAGUUCACAAAGUCUGGCCUGGCAACCAAGAUUCUCAAACCUGGCAAUGGAACGGAAGUUGCGACGGAAGCUACAAAAGUGACCGUGGUGUACUAUGGCUGGACCGCCGAUGGCCAGCUCUUUGAGGCUUCAUCGAUGCGUGGACCAGCGGUCGAACUGCAACAGAAGAAUGUGCCAAAGGGUGUCUGGGAAGGUAUCCUGCUUAUGCGAGAAGGCGAGACGCGUCGACUUUGGGUUCCGCCUGCUCUCGGAUAUGGGAGCGAACGUGACGACGGUGGUCCCUGUGGCCCGCUGAUCUUCGAUGUCUCUCUACAAUCCUUUGAAAAGGGUGGAUUUUUCCGGUGA